AUGGCCGAAGUUACAAAGCCUGACACUCUGUCUCAAGACAAGUUCGCCACAUCUACAAUGACUCAGAAAGAAAAGGAUGCUGCUUCUAUCGAGGCUGGCACUUCAGACCCCAUCGAACUUGACGAUCUCGACGGCAGAGCCAAACACUCGUUCACUGGUUCGACCCAGCAGCACGCCUUUAGUGUUCCCAUCGAUGCAGAGUACUGGAAGGGCGUUUAUGAUCAAGCCCAGUAUGAGGGCCGUCACCGAUUUGAUCCUUCCAUUCAGUGGAGUUCGAGUGAGGAAAAGAAACUCAUCCGCAAGAUUGAUUUUCGAAUUAUGCUGUGGGUUUGGAUCAUGUUCUCGUCCCUGGACCUCAUCCGUCGAAACAUCAACCGCGCCGUCUCAGACAAUAUGCUUGACGAGUUGAACAUGAACACGAAUGACUUCAACAACGGCCAAACCAUCUAUCUCUUCUCUUUCCUGGCAGCCGAGCUCCCCGGAGGACUGUUGAGCAAAAAAAUCGGACCAGACGUUCUGACUCCCGUGUGCAUUUGUAUCUGGGGAACUAUCUGCGCCUGCCAAAGCCUCAUCACGAACCGCACCGGCUUUUACCUGACACGUGCGUUCCUGGGCAUGGCUCAAGGCGGCUUCAUACCCGACAUGGUCCUCUACCUCACGUAUUUCUACAAAAGCAACGAAUUGCCUAUUCGACUUUCGGUAUUUUGGACCGCUAUACCCGUGACACAAAUCGUUGGAGCUCUUAUGGCCGCCGGACUUCUCAAGAUGCGUGGCUUACACAACUGGAGCGGGUGGCAAUGGCUCUUUCUAAUUGAGGGCCUUCUCAGCAUUGUCGUGGGAUUAUUGACGUUCCUCGUCAUGCCCGCGAGUAUCACUGAAACGCACAAGAUCCUGCGUGGAAGAAUUGCUUGGCUUCAUGGAAAGACCGGAUGGUUCACCGAGCGAGAAGAGAAAAUUCUGGUUAAUCGACUCCUCCGUGAUGACCCUUCCAAGGGCAACAUGCAUAAUCGACAACACGUCAGUGUCAAACGUAUCACGAAGGCAGUAAUGAACACAGAUCUGUGGCCUCUCUAUAUACUCGGAUUGAUCGCUUUCAUUCCCUUUCAGCCUGCCGCCAACUACCUAUCUCUUACUCUGAGGAAUCUGGGUUACACUGUCUUCGAGGCGAAUAUGUUGGCAGUCCCAGGGUAUGCCAUAUUCUUCAUCAACAUCCUCGUCGUCACAUGGAUGAGUGAGAGAUUUCAUGAAAGGCUAUUGGUGUCCUCUCUGAGCGUCUGGUGGGUUCUCCCGUUCCUUAUAGGACUGCUAGCCAUUCCCCGGAGCGCAAGUCCUUGGGUUCGAUAUGCCCUGCUCACCGGCGUAAACGGAGAGCCGUACACACAUGCGAUCCUGGUCUCCUUGAUUUCUCGGAACUCCAACGACGUGGGCACACGCGCUGUCUCCGCAGCGGUGUACAACAUGUGCUACCAGUUUGGCUCGAUUAUCGCAGUGAACGUUUAUCGCAACGACGACAAACCAUACUACUACAGAGGCAACCGAGCCCUGAUUGGAAUUACGUGCGCAAGUAUCGUCCUUUUCUUUCUGGCGAAGCUGUACUAUGUAAAACGAAACCAGCACAAGGAGACGCGGUGGAUGGCGCUAAGUCCCAUAGAGCAGGAGCAGUAUCUUUCCACUACUACAGACACAGGGUCGAGGAGACUAGAUAUCAAAUGUUCUCGAACCACCCCUUGCAGUAGUUGUGCCGCUGCUGGAGUUCAGUGCGAAUUCCGUGCUGAUGAUUGGAAACGAGCCCCGAUAUCACAUGAAUAUGUCGGUGCUCUUGAGGGUAGGGUUGCCGCGCUGGAACUCCUGCUUUCGAGUAUCAAGACCUCUGCGCCGUCCCAGAGAAGUGCUCUCAUCGACGGCAUUGAUUUUCUAGACCACUUGCCUUCCAUCCCGAGCAAAACACAGGCAGGCAUGGGAUCGGGGACUUCUGUGUGUGACGGUCCUGAAGGAUUCUGGGGCAUGGAUCAAGAUGGCGGCCCCGUCUUCCACGCACCUGGAAGUGCCUAUGCGACCGGUCUCCUUUCGUUUCGUAAAACGAAUCCUAUAUUAGACCCGCCACCAACUCUCUUGGAUAAUAUCGCCAGCAUCCCCAAGGUUGUCGUUCAGGAAUGUGUCGCUUUGUUCUUCAAAUGGCAGCAGCCUUUCUGCACUCUUGUCGAACGCGACGCCCUGCUAGAGCGCUGUAGACAUCACCGAAGGCCUCCCAACCAUAGCCCGUCUUUUCUCCUGCACGCCGUGUGUGCUUUGGGUGCCCUGAUGUCGGACGAUCCAAAUAUUCGAGAGUUGGCGGAUCGCUUUGCAGCCUCAGCGGAAGAAGGUAUUUCAGACAAAUGCUUCUGGUAUUCUUCGCACAUCGCUACCGCUCAGACCAUGUUGCUUUGUGCGGUCUUUGCGACUGGAAAAGGACAGGUGUCAAAGGCCUGGAUGUAUUCAGGGAUGGCACUGCGAAUGACGCAAGAUCUCGGUAUUCACGAGAGCAACUCACCGGUUUUACCGGAACAUGCCCAGAGUGCGCUGCUCGUCAACUUGGAGUUGCGACGGCGCAUGUCUCUAACCUUCUCUAUUUCCGAUAAAAUUUUCAGCCUCCUGUACGGACGCCCGCCCAUGAAUGAAGACCAUUCUUUCGCUCUGGAGCGGCCAGUCCUCGAUAGUCCGAAUUCGAGCUGGGAACAGAUGGCUUCCUGUACAGAUGAGACGGUCUCGGUACCUCUAUGGGCACCACAGGUGGAUCAGCUCCGCAACAAGAGCACUGACGAUCCAGACCAGCCCGACGUGCCGACGCUGCUACUGACCAAGCAAGCAGAACUCGGCAAAAUCAUCACAGAUAUUCAGCUGCAAGUACAUAGCAAGAGAAAGCUCCGGCACCUUUCUGAGUACUGGCACCAAGCAUUGUACAACAAACUCAAUUCCAGGCUGUGGAGUUGGCAUGAUUCGCUUCCAGGCGAUAUGCGGUGGAGCAGAUGGAGCUCUAAUCUAGAAGAGGUAGAACCGAGCCUCGCAAAUCUUCACAUGAUCUACCACACUGCGCGUAUCAGUCUCAAUCGAUCACUGCUUUCCGGUGAAGUGCAUGGGACUUCUCUCGAAUUGUCGAGGCUCGUGUCCGAUGCCCUCGAAGCUUGCAAUAGCUCCGUCGAGGCGAUUAUUGGAAUAUUCCGCCGCUUCGGUGCACAACACACCUUGAAGAAUGCGCCACUUAACUUCGUGCACGGAGCAGUGGCCGCUGUGGACGCAACUCUGGUCAUGGUUUCGCGGUCCCCAAAACACCGGAACUCACCACCACAUAUACAAGACACUUGCUUGUCUGUCAUUGAUACUGCCCUGGCUGAUAUGGCCUGCGCAUGGGAAAUGGCCAACGAUGCGAGACGUGGGUUGCGGGAAGUGCUGAGUAGCUGGAGCAUCUCAUUCGAUACCACGAGCGACCACUCUAAGCCGUCGUCUCCGCAGGCGACAACCACAACCUCGUCAUCCAAUUUCUUCCAUUUCCGAGACUCAUGUGUGGUACAGAAUGUCACGCCGAGAGGCCAUCAUGUGCAGAGCAGCAUGCCAAACGUCGUGGGAGCCCCUCCUCUCGAUCUGGAACUCCUUGCUCAAUCCGACUUUGAUGAUGACCUUGCCACCAUGUUUCACAACCCCGAAGAUUCGGACAGCAACUUCUGGAACUCUGUCACAGGUAGUGGGACACCGUCAUCGUCGUCAUCGACUAGCUCACAGGCAUCCGCUUAUGUGUACGGGACAUGA